CUGAUUGGACCAGGUUCGAAGUGGUUUAAGCAUAGUCUGGCUCAACCAGAGUUUACCAGGCUUAUAACCAGACUUUUGGUGCAAAAGAAAACAGGAGACGCUCCAUCGGUUAUACACUGAUCUGGGAAAAAUGAUGAAGAAGCCUGCCAGGUUGUUUGUAACACUGGUUUUCUCCUUGACCUCAACGUCAUUGGCUAAAACACCCAUCAUAAAGAGGCCCUUAAACAUUGCACACCGAGGGAGCUCGGGAACAUUUCCAGAGCACACCAUAGAAGCAUACAGGUAAGAAGAGGUCAAAAUCAGCCAUGCAUUUAAUUGGAAAAUAGUUGGGUACGAAAGAAACUUUGUUGUUAUACGUAAGCUCUUUAAAUGGCAAAUGCUAGUCUCGUUGCAUGAUCAGAAAUUUGGUGCUAAAAAUUGUAAAACAAAUUGUAAACUUAGUUUUUUUCUGACGGUGAAUGCCAGUCAGCUCUUGUUGUUUAUUAAUAGAGCCAACAAAAUUUUAAGCUGUUGUAAACCAAUUGCUGGUUUGCAGAUGACGUCACAGCGGCCACUGUCGGUGGUCAAGGACAAAAGCAUUUUUCUCCUUUUCGGAACUAAAAACCCAUUUUCAUGUAAAUUCUUCGACAAGAAUUUUAUUGUAUUCCCCAUUUCGGGGGGCAAGAAACACGCAAACAAAGUGUAUUAUGGGAAAUGUGGAAAUGGCAAUUUGACCACCAACAGGGCUGCCUUGUCACGUGGUUGCAAACCAGCAAUAUGAUACGGAGGAAGUGGCAAAAAUGUAAAAACCCUAUAGCGCAUUCGUACAACUUUAUGUACAUGUUCCUCAAGAUAUGUCCAGAGCUUUUAGUAUUAGUCUGCUAGCUGUUGUAGCUCUUCUUGUGUGCAUCCUUGUUGCAGGUUAAUGUGAUAAUUUUGAUUUCUAUCUUCUAUUUCUCAUUUUUCUAGGCAGGCCAUCAAGGAUGGAGCAGAUUUUAUUGAAUGUGAUGUUUGCGUCACGAAGGAUCUUAAACUUGUUUGUCGACAUGAAAGCUGGUUGAACGACACAACCAAUAUCUGGGAAAACCCAACACUUCGACUAAAACAAAACACGUACCACAUACAGAGCCCCGUAAACGGCUUGGCAAAGACAAUCACCGACGUUUUCACGGUUGACCUGACUCUUGAAGAACUCAGAACCAUUCGUGCGAGGCAAAGGUAUUCGUUUAGAGAUCCCAAUUUUGAUGACAAGUUUCAGAUACCUACUUUUGAAGAAUUCAUCCAAGUUGCCAAAUCAGCCAGAAGGCCCAUAGGGAUUUACCCUGAAGCAAAAGAUCCGCAGUGGGUCAACUCUUUGGACAUUUUGCAGCAAGCCAAAACCACUUUUGAAGACCUUCUUGUCGAUGUACUGCACAGAAAUGGAUACCUUACAAGAAAAAGCCCUUGUUAUAUCCAGUCGUUCAGUGAGGACAGCAUCAGAGCAAUGUCAACAAAAACCAAGCUACCUUUAAUAAUGCUGAUGGCAACCCCUCUUCCGGUCCCUGAAGAUGAACUGGAGGCUCUGUCGGAAAUCUGUUAUGGCAUUGGAGUACACAAGUACAUGAUUCAGCCAGUAAUUAAUAACAUCCUUCAGGAUCCUACCGACCUCGUCGCCAAUGCACACAAAUACAACCUAAAGGUUCACGGAUACACAUUUAGAAACGAAGACGAGUACUUAGCAUGGAAUUUCACUCAGGAUCCUUACAAUGAAUAUGAAACCUAUUUCAACACUCAAAUUGAUGGUUACUUCACAGACUUCCCAAGUACCCUAAAAAGAUUUCUGGAUGUGAAAAUCAUGCUUGGCAUGCACGGAAAAUCGAAGAAAAAAGGAAAACUGUAAACAUUGUGCACCUCUCUUGUAAAGUCGCUUUUGAAAGUUCUUUUUCUUCUCGAUAAAAUGACGCUUUAGAACUACUACGCUGAUCGUUAACACAACGUAACAUAACAUAGCUAUAUUUCAAAUCCAAUCUUGGAGUAUUGUUACAGAUGCAAGUAUCCGAAAUUAGAAAGAAUAAAUUAGAUAACACGAAAGUCAAUACGUAAUAAAAUUAAAACAAGUGGUAUUUGGAAAUUUUUAUGUUAACACCCAGAACUGGAAUUAUGAACAUGAAAAAUGAACUCACACUCCGCACAUAACUUUUUGAUAUUUUGAAUAACAAAGAUAGCUGUAUUGACACGCCCACUCCAAUCAAAAAAUUAAAAUCAGCCCAAAAUUAUGAUUCUGCUUUGUUUAAUUAAUCCGUUGUUUCUCUUACGUGCCAUUAAAUUCUUUGUUUAUUUCUCUCUUGUUUGGUUUUUGCUUUUACUUUUAGAUUGUAAAACUAAAUAUUUGCGAACUUUAAUCUACUGAUUACUAUUCACUUAGUUUCGCCAAGUUUUCAGUUUUACACUGUGUUAGUCCCUGUCCACACGAAUCUGUUUUCAUUUGAAAACGCAACUAUUUCUUUACGGACACGGCUUUCGUGCACACGUAUCCGAUGAAAACGAUCAAUGAAAAUGGAACUUUUCGAAAACGCUCUCCAGAGUGAAACUUUUUGAAAAAGCUGUUUUUGCGUUUAGGUGUGAACAGAGGAAAACGGAACUUUUCGAAAACGCUGAGGACACACUAUCAGUUCCAAUCCACUCCGCGCAAUAUUAGAAACUUAUUUAAGAUGGCCGGCGGGCGCUUCCCUUUCUUGUCUUUUAUACUCGGGCUUACUUCUAACCUUAAUGCUUGUUUUCAGGCAAAUUUAGAGUUUUGAGAUGUUGAAUUACAAACAUCAGUAAAAUCCAACUAGUGGUCUAUUAUCAAUGCUGCGUUCUGAUUGGUUGAGCUACAACUAGGCUACAUGUUAUAGCCCACUAGUAACGAAAAGCGUCGGCUUGAAAACCAAAACGAUGGAGGCUGAAUCGCGUUUUGCUAGCUAAAGUUGUUUUGUCUCGAUAUUUUUGACCAACAGCCUUCGUCCUCAUGGGCUAUCGACUCAGAGCCCAUUCGGGCUCGAGGAAUAAUUGUUCAAUAGUUCGACACUGCAGUUAGGUCGAAAUGGUGAGACACUUUUGCCCCCAAACACCCUUUUUCUUUCUUUAAUGUGCGUCACAGGAAGAAAUCCGUGUAAAAUAGGAAAUGCAAGUGUUGAACACAAUCACUUGAUACGAUCUUGUAUUAUAGGAACUUUGUUAACGGACCGGGGAGACGGGCAUAAAUCAUGCGAAGACUUUGGCCUAAUCGGCCCUUGUAUUUUGGUUUGCUUCCUGUCACCAGAAGUUGACUUGCUACACAGAUGCAUGUAACUUGAAUUUCAUUUUUUCAGGCUCGAUGUAUUGAUGUAUCACCAGGAGGGGGUGUAGGUGUUUCCUCUGGAGAUGACGGUACUCUAGUUGUCUGGGAUUCCAGCAAUGGUGUUUUAAGGGUAUGGUAAUUGAUGUGUUUUUAAGAGAAAGAAUUUGCGAACUGUGCGGUCAAACCGCGUUAAUAUGGAUACUGAGUGGGCCACAGAAAGUGUCCGUAUAAAGCGGGUUGAAUUGUGUAGUUCCAGAAAAUAUCCAUACCCCCCCCACACACACACACACACGGAAGGCAACGGAAAUUCAGAGGGGAGGAGGGGGGUCCAAAAGGACGCAAUUUCCGAUGAGGUGAUGGGGGAAGUGGCUUCUCGAGGUUUUUUUCCGUGUCUCCAAGUAAGACUGGUGAGUUAUCCAAAACUAACAACCGUACUGCUGAGCAAGCUCUCAGUCAUUUUACUGUUGACGAUCUUUUAAAGCCAGAAUUAUUGUUUUCAUCGACCAUAUUUUAUUAACGGUCGGCUUUUGUUGUUCGGCUUAUGCGAUAGAUGGUUGUCAUUCGCACAUAAAUGAACGUCUGGAUAUAUAGCUGUAACGGUAUUACACAAUAUAAUAUGAUAUAUAUGAUAUAAUAGAUAUUAGAAAAUGUAAGGGCUUUCUUUCCCCGGGGACAAGGAAAACUGUCAGGUGUCCUGAAGCAGGUAUCCGUAGAGCGGAGUUCGACUGUUAUUUGUUUACCUUCAAGAACUGAUAUAAAUGAAUUAGAAUUUAGAAGCGUAGGUUUUUGUGGAGAGGGAAAACCGGAGUGCCAAGAGAAAAACCUCGUUGAGGAAGGGAGAGAACCAACAACAAACUCAACCCACUUAUGGAGUCGAAGACGAGAUUUGAACCGGAUUUGGGCCGGUGGGGGGCAAAGUUUCUCACUUUCUCGCCCCUUGCCACUCUAAAAUGAUUUUCUUUUACUCAUUACCCGAGGCAUCCCAUUAUAUUAUUCGGCUUGAGGCAAACUAACUUAAGUUUACCGUUGAUUAAGUGUUAAGCAGUUUUUUUCUUGUGUUCUGUAAGUGCAUGUCAUUUUUGCUGCCUCUACACUAUUGAAAACUCACUCUUCUUAUAUAUCCCCUUUGAUCUUGUUUGUAGCGGAGUCUCGAAGGCCACAUUUCAGAUGUAAACUGCUGUAGAUUUUUUCCUUCAGGAAAGGUUGUUCUCAGUGGUGGUGCUGAUCUACGGUUAAAGAUCUGGUCAACUGAAGAUGGGAGCUGCCCUGUCACAUUGAAAGGCCAUUCAGGAGGUUAGUAUCACCUACCCCACCCCCAAGGCAACAUUAACACUACUUCUCGCUUAGGGCAAAGUUGUGACCGGAGGGGUAGGUGGUUAGUUACCCAGUAACCUCAAUUGAUCCAGUAUUUCUUUACUUGCGCUACUCCAAUCUCCAGCUAUAUACUCUGUGAGGCAGUGUCACACUACUAAGAACAUGUUAUUGCUACUUGUCAAUCAAUUAUGCUUUGAUACAAACCCCGCAAACGUUGCCAUGGUGAUGAGAAUUAUAAUUCAGUUCUACAUUUAGCAGGUAUUCGCGACUCUUUGCACUUUAAAAAGAAAUUUACUUUAUUUGAGUGUCAAUGUAUUUAGCACGAAAGUACUAAAUUGAGGACACUAAUUUACGUCUCCUACUGGAGACAGAUCCGCUGUUUUACGUGAUCAUCGGAGCCACGCGAAGGUAUUACAAUUUGUAGGGCAAAGGGAGUGCCUUCAUUUCUCCGUUAUUUUAAUUGACCCUGAAUACCAUCCGGCCCCAGGAAUCGAACCCAUGACCUCCCCCUCUGCAGUCAAGCGCUCUACCUACUGAGCUAAUAAUAUCCUGCCGCGGUUACUCUUCAAUGAAUUUCUCAAGAUUUGCACAAGGUGACAUGUUUGUAUGUCAUCAGUCAGUUAAUUAGAAAAAUAUACUUGACUUGCCAAGUUCGCCCUAGCAUUUAUUUAUUAAAAUCAAGUACGCAUGGAAGACACUGAUUGCUAGCAAAGUUCGACCUGGGAUGUUUUCGUGAAGAACUACAUAUGUAGGACAUGCUUUACCAUUUACAAUUUUGAGAUAGAUGCUAUUGUUUUGAACUGAGGUCUAUAACCAAUAUUGUUAUGUUUUACGUAAACAGCAUUGUGAAGAAAAUUGUUAAAAACGAACUUUUGUGAUAUCGUAUAUGUCUCUUGCACUUUGAAAAAAAGGAAAAGGACUUACUUUGUUUUCCACACAGAGUCUUGCAAAGUGUUUGUUUUUUUAAAUGGGCUGUCAGUUUUUUUUCUUGUCAUUCCUGGGUGCUAGUGUGUGAUAUUUUUGAGGGUGUCAUUUCAUUUAUCUUGUUUUGAGGCAGUGCUUUGUAUUAAGAAUCUCCUGAUGAAGAAGCUCAAAGAGUUUUACACAUCUCGUUGUUGAUUGAUAUAGUUUGUCUCUUUUUUUGCAGGAGUUGUAGAUACAGCUAUUGUGGACAGAGGGAGAAACAUUUUAUGUAAGAGCGAUCAGAGAUCAAAUUCAUCUGAUCAUGUUAUGUGCCGAUUUCAACAAAUUUAAUACUCCCGCUUUAGUUGUCAUGUUUUUUUGAGGUAAAGAUCAAUUAAUCAUGAUUUCUUUUUCCAAAAUGAAUGCAGCUUGCUCCAGAGAUGGUUCCGUGCGUCUUUGGGAUUGUGGAGAAUCUAAAUGUCUGGCAGUUGUGUCCAAAAGUGACUGUCCUGUUAAUUCAUGUGCAUUGACUACGUUUCCAGGAAGGGACAACAGCUCAGACGCUAAUGAACCACACAGUAAGUAGAGUUUUGAUCUUGACUACUGCUACCUAGUGCCAAGUUACUGCAUAGUUACCACAUGUACCUGUCUAACCCUUCCAGGGGUGUACCCAGCCUUUUUGCAACUGACGUUGGGGAGAAGAGGGUUCAAUUCAUUUGACUGAAGUUACACAAGGAAAAUCCACCAUAUCGAAAUUCAGGGGGUAGUAGCUCCUAUACGUGUAAAAGAGUAAUAACCUGACUGAGUUGAAACCAUUUUCUGGAUUAACACUUAUGAUCCUUCGAACAACUGAGCCUAGCCACGAGGAAGCCUUUGAGAAAGAUAAUACCAUCAGAGAAUGCACUUAGCAGUGAGAUAGAAUCUACUUUCCGGAAGCCCGUAUGAGAAAGAGUAUGCAUGGACGGAUUGGAGUUAAUCUCAGUAAACCGUCGGUAACGUUUGCUUGCAGAAAAGACCAUCCUUAUUUCUUUUGUAAACUACUUCCCCUUGGUUAUUUCAUUUUUCCGUUUUUGUUUCAGUCUCUCGUGACCAGCCUUGACCUCUGUUACUUUUCCUCUAUAUACGUUUAUCAGUAAACCUUAGCAGUAGGAAACUUACUGCAAAAUAUGUAUACAUGUAGUAAUGAAAGUGAACUCUCGGUUGCCAGGUGAGCGAGAGGUCGGAACAGAAGGAAAACUGCUUUUACUUGCAAAAGAAGAUGGCUUCAUGGAUGCUGUUGAUGUGUAUAACAGAAGUAAGGUACUGUACCUUUUUAAUAUAUAUAGUUAACUCUCUUUGAAAGGGCCGUGCCAAUAGCUAUCUAGGUCAUUGCAGGAUUAAUAUUGCCAGUAACGCGUAUGCAUAUUAUGGUAAGGGCGCUUUCCAAAAGUCAGAACUGGCCGGCCAGACCAUAUUAGCCUAACCAGUCAUUUUGACUAUGAAAAAUGCUUUUUUCCAAGAGUUUUUGUUGAAACACUAUUUCUUUCUUGCGUGCUAUUUAGGACUUGACUGAUUGGCUGGAAAUGUUAUGAUUAAAAGUGAAAUUCUCAUUAUGACCUGAAUGCUCUGGCCGGUUAAUGCUGACAAAUGGAAAGCGCCCUCUGGAACGUAACCUGAACUUAACGUUAGCGAGGAAUUUUCUUGUAAAUGACGAACAGCUUUGUAUCAAACAAAAAUCUCUCCCAAGGUAUCGUAUCAAACGUUUCAAGCAAGAAAAAUGAACUUUUAAAACAUGUCAGACUAACAAUUCCAAUUACCUUAAUCUUCUUCAAGGUUUUCCAUCCCUACCUUCAUUUGCCGGUAUUUGCUGGCUUCUUUAUACCAUCUUUUAAUGUUUUGAGCGGUUAUUAUGAUGUUUCACUCAAUUUGGUGGCUGUUCCUUGUGUUCUAAAUUUUGAUAAAGUUCAUGGCCCUAAAACGACAUGCAGAGCCCGGUUGGUCCUUUUCGUUCUUACCGUAAAUCCUCUAUUAAGCCCCCCUCUCUAAUAAGCACCCUUUUUUUAGGGGAAGAAAGUUAGUAAGCUCUCCCCUUACCUCAUUGUUUUUUUUAAACUAACUACUAAAUAAGCUAUCAUAGUGUUUGUUGGAUACUGUAAGUUCUAUGGACGUUUCAUCUCCCAUUUCAUAUGUCUGGGUUUUUUUGGCUGCUUGUUUUUUAGGUAUUUCAGUUUAAAUGUCCAUCAGCUUUGAAUUGCUGUACAUUCUUGUCUGAGAAUGAAGCUGCGGGCGGAUCAGAAGAUGGAACCCUGUGGCUUAUAGACAUCAGGUUUCCAAGGUUGGUAUCCUUUAACACAGGCCAACAGCGCACGCGUUUGUUCAUCUUCUUGGGCGUUCAAAAGAAAUAUUUUAUUAAACAAAAUUCAUCAUCACGUUGUUGUGAGACCUUUUGUAGAAGGGGCUUAUCAUGCAUUAAAAUCUCAAAACCUUGGGACCAAUCUUUAACAUACGUUCAUAAAAAGGUUCGUCUUAGUUUCACUCAACAAUAAGCCUUUUUGAAAGGAACGUCUUCAGGGCUUUCUUAAAACUACCUACAGAAUCACACACUCUAAGCUCCCGUGGAAAGGCAUUCCAAAGCUGAGGGGCACAUACAGAAAAUUUCCUGAACCCAUACGAUUUUACAUUAUAAGAUUGUGUCUUCAGAAGCUGCAUGUUUCCUGAUCUAAGGCUACGACAAGGUCUAUAUAGGUCUGAUAGAUCCUGGAAAUAAAUAGGUGCCAUACCAUUCACCACUUUAUAUGUAAAUAACAAGAUCUUAAAUUCUACGCGCUGCUCAACCGGCAACCAAUGAAGCUCCAUUAGUACUGGCGAUAUGUGAUCACGCUUCCCAGACAAUGUAACUAGCCAGAUGCAGUGAUGUCUGAUAAUGAGGGCUUUUUAGCGCAGUAUUCCAAUAGAAGCUACUAAUACUGCAUAUCUGUGAAGGUGCUGAACGCUAUACUACAACAGCGAACAUUCGGACCAUAUAUGCAACUUUCUGUAGCAGGAGUUCAGAAAGUGGAGCGUGACCAAAAAAAAGGGAGCGAAACCCAAAAAAGUCAUAAUGCCUGGUGCAGGUUAAUUUUCCCGUCUCUCUAGGAAUGGUUAAAAAGUAUUUUUUUAGUAAUAAUUGUUUUCCGUGAUUGAUUUCGAUGAGAGAAGUGAACAAUCUAUUCUUGUUUUGCUCAGUGUUCCUGUUGGUGUGUUUCGGCGAUCAGCAUCACCUGUGCUUUCUCUCUCAAGUCUUGGUGAAAACAAACUUCUUGCUUCUACCGGUGAGUCGCCAACUGAAACCCUUUGUAGAUACAGUUAUUACAUCUUAGUAACAGCUAGUAUCGUGCUCAAAUACUUCCCUUCAGUAUAUUUUCACAGGUGAACAGCAAUAAUAGGCCAUAAACUGUUAUUUUCAAAACGAGGCUAAGUGCAAAAUUUUUCUGUAAACUGAGUUUUAUCAAGAGCGACCCAUUAGGGCUUUUGGUUUUAUUUGACCCAAAUAAUUUUAAGGCGUCGCCUUCAGAAACCAUUCCCAAGUAUUAAACAUAGCUUGGACGCGAGUGCUGUUUAAUAGCCAACCUUGCUGUAGUAUUGACCGAAACGGCAGGGUUCGCACGUGUCUUUUCAGUUACACCCCUUAACGGUACAACGAGCAUCCCCGUCCCUAGACUUGCUACAAGUCGACCUCUUGGCGAGCAGAGCCAGCCUUGUUUGGCCGCGAACCGGCCGACCGCGAGCGACGAAGUCGCGAGAGGUCGACUUGUCUCGCUUGAUGGGUUUUCAUUUGCAUUUCGCGCCAAAAAUAGGGAGUGGCGUGACUCGCAUUUGCGGUUUCAGGUUUCAUUUGCGAGUCCUUGGCUUCAAUGGCGGAAUUUGCUGAUUCCACUCCGACUAAAUCUAUUGAACGUGUGUGUGUAUCUCCAUCAUCGAAGGACCAAAUUUGUUUACUUUGUGCGAAAGUUGUCUCUAACAAUGAUUUUAGGAGAAAGUUGACGACCUCAGGGGGCCGGAAAGAAACAAAAACUCAUAUGAAAUCCGACAAAGGACUUUUUUGAAAGUCUAACCCGUCCCCAGUUUCGUAAGGAAGUUCGUCCACCCCGUGUCUGUACGAUCAUAUCACCGCUCUGGAAAAGAUGCACACGGAGAUAUCCUUAGGAUCAAUGCAUUAAUCUCGCUUGAGAAAAACCAAAAAGGGGUUACUGUUUAAUGAGUGUUUGAAAAUCUUGUACUCAUAUUUUGUUUGUCUAGUUCUCUUAUUUAUUUACAAUUUAUUCUGGACAGUAUGAUUAAACUUGAUUAUGCUAAUGAUUUAACCUGUUCCGCUUCUGUGUUAUUUUAGGGGAUGGUUCGUGUUUCUGUUUGGAUACAGAACUUAUGAGACAAGCAACAGACGUAGUGAGUGGCUGGGAGUUGAUUGGACCCGACUGCGACCCUGUAUACAGCAUUUGCCGCUCUGCUAAUACGGUUUAUACUGCCUGUAGAGACGCAAAAAUAAGAAAAUAUAUACUGAAGCAGACCGAAAUCCCAACAAGUUAG